UAAUUUAUUUUAUUAGCUGACUUUCCCACUAGAAAAUUCGUACGUGUUUUCCUCGACUAUUCUGUGUUUUUCGCUUUUGUUGAAAUAAAUAUAAUCGCUCACUUUGUAGCAAUAUGACUGACUAUCAAUUCAAUGAACGUGCUUAUGCCAAAAUAAUUUUCCAUGCUGCCAAAUAUCCGCACUUGGCCGUUAAUGGAGUUCUAUUAAGUGAGAAGUCACCGAAAGGCAACACAGUGCAAAUAGUUGACGCGAUACCACUAUUCCAUCAAUGUCUCUAUGUUACACCAAUGGCAGAGAUUGCGCUUACACAGGUUGACGCAUUCGCCGAGCGCGAAAAUUUGAUUGUAGCCGGCUACUAUGUAGCUCCAGAGAACUUGUAUGACAGCAGCGUGGAAAAGGCACCCGCGGCGAAAAUCGGUGAAAAAAUUCUUGAAACUAACAAAAAUGCUUGCUUCGUAGUAGUAGACAAUAAGUUAAUGCGCUUGAAUCAUACACAAGCAGCAUUAAAAGUAUUUAGUAGUAGCGGAGAGUCUGCACGAUGGUCAAAAGCUAGCUACACACUCGCUCAGCAGAAAAUAACACUACAAACUGUAUCAGAGUUGUUACAGCGUGGAGCUAUGCGUGAAGUGGUGGACUUCGAUAAUCAUUUAGAUAAUCCAGCGAACGAUUGGACGAAUCAACACUAUAACCGGGACUUGAAGCAGCUUAUGGCCAUGUACUAGUUCUAUAAAGAGGUAUUAAAUUGAAUGGGGGUCAAGGUGUCUAAUUGUAGCGUGCAAUUUUGGUAUAAAGUCUCUAUGCAUUUCUGUUUAAACGUAUUUGUUUGAUAGUAUUUUGAUGAAAAUAUUAAAAUAUCUAUGAAACCUAGCUAAAGAAAUAAAUAAUACAUACAUAAUUACAUGAUAAA